UCUGCCAGUGUGAAGUUUUCCCUGCUGGCAGAACACACAGUGAUCUCCUGUACUUUGGCUGCAGUCUCUAGUCAUCCCCUGUACUGUCCGCAGUCUCUGGUCAUCCCCUGUACUAUGUCUGCAGUCUCUGGUCAUCUCCUGUACUGUGCCUGCGGUCUCUGGUUAUCUCCUGUACUGUGUCCGCAGUCUCUGGUCAUCUCCUGUACUGUGUCCGCAGUCCCUGGUCAUCUCCUGUACUGUGUCCGCAGUCUCUGGUCAUCUCCUGUACUGUGUCCGCAGUCUCUGGUCACCUCCUGUACUGUGUCCGCAGUCUCUGGUCAUCUCCUGUACUGUGUCUGCAGUCUCUGGUCAUCUCCUGUACUGUGUCUGCAGUCUCUGGUCAUCUCCUGUACUGUGUCCGCAGUCUCUGGUCACCUCCUGUACUGUGUCCGCAGUCUCUGAUCAUCUCCUGUAUUAUGUCCACAGUCUCUGGUCAGCUCCUGUACUGUGUCCGCAGUCUCUGGUCAUCUCCUGUACUGUGUCCGCAGUCUCUGGUCAUCUCCUGUACUGUGUCCGCAGUCUCUGGUCAUCUCCUGUACUGUGUCUGCAGUCUCUGGUCAUCUCCUG